GAAAGAGCAAGAUCUCAAUUGAGCCUUUUAAGAAGAUGUUAUAUGUAAUUGGAUUGGGAUUGGCCUAUGAAACUGAUAUAACAGUUCGCGGGCUUGAAACAGUAAAAAAAUGCAAAAGAGUUUAUCUUGAGGCAUACACUAGUAUAUUAAUGUCAGCGGAUAAAGAUAGCUUGGAGAAGUUUUAUGGAAAGGAAGUGAUUUUGGCAGAUAGAGAAUUGGUUGAAAGUGGGUCGGACGAGAUUCUCAAGGAUGCUGAUAAGGAAGACAUAGCAUUUUUAGUUGUGGGAGAUCCAUUUGGCGCAACGACCCAUACAGAUUUAAUCAUUAGAGCAAGAGAAUUGGGCAUCAAGGUUGAGGCCAUUCACAAUGCUUCUGUCAUGAAUGCAGUUGGAGCGUGUGGAUUACAAUUGUAUAAGUUUGGACAAACGAUAUCAAUGGUGUUUUUCACCGAGACGUGGAAACCAGAUUCGUGGUAUGACAAGAUAAUGGAAAACAGGAAAAUCGGGUUGCACACACUUAUUUUAUUGGAUAUCAAGGUGAAGGAGCAGAGUAUUGAAAAUCUAGCACGAGGAAGAAAGAUAUAUGAACCACCAAGAUAUAUGAAUAUUUCGACAGCAUGCAAACAAUUGAUUGAGAUUGAGAAAAAAAGAAAAGAGAGGUGCUACACUGUGGACACUCCCUGUGUUACAAUCUCGAGAUUGGGGUCGCCCAGCCAGAAAUUCAAAGCAGGCACAUUAAGAGAGUUGGCAGAGUACGACUCAGGAGAGCCAUUGCACAGCUUGGUGAUGCUCGGGAGACAAGUGCACGACUUGGAGUUGGAGUACUUGUACGACUAUGUCGAUGACAAAGACAAGUUCAGGCUUGAUGUUGAGGCCGACCAGGAGCACUUUAGGCCUCCACCCUGGGUCCCUCCUGAAGAGGAAGACUCGGAUUACUAGACCCCGUUAUGUAGUGGUUAUGCUUUUGGAAGUUCCAUCCCCGAAACAGGCGUCUCCUCCGCACCCCGCUGCAUAAACCACAGCCGACCAGCGGAGUACAUGUGAUUAUUCAGCAAUAAUCCGUGCGCGGAGAUAUAUCUCACGGUCAGCGCUUGCUUCAUGCGGCGAGACAACAUCUGAUUUCUGCCACUUUCGCACUGCUUUUCCACUAAAUCCUUCGCUACUUUCUGGAUCUCGCGCGGCUCGAGCGCUUUCUGGCCCGACAGCAUUACUGGUU